CCCGGCGGGGCGGUGCCGCUUCCUGUAACCCCGCCGCUCGCUCCCAGCCCCUAGAAAAGCCCCGGGAAGCGGCGGCGCUUUCCCCGCUGAGCCUCGGAGCUGCCCCCGCCGCCUCCCCCGCCCCCGCCGGGGCGCAACAGGCCCCCCCGGCCCGGCCACGCGUGAGCGGGGCCCCCACGGCGCCGCAGCCCCCCGGGGAGGGCAGGGCCUGGCGCGGGGGGGAACGGGAAGGGAGGCGGAGGGGGCGCAUCCAUUCCCCCUCCCCGCUGGGAAGCGGGGAGGCGCCCUCCGGCUGCGGCCCCCCCCUCAAUCCCCGAGCCCGGCCCCGGGGGGGCGGCGGGAGCGCGGAGCCGGCGGAGCGGGAGGGGCGGGCGGAGGGGCCCCCCCGCGCCUGGCGCUGCAGGUACCGGGGCGGGGGGACCCGCAGCCCGGCGAGGCUCAGGGCUCGGCCCCCCCCCGCUCUUCCCUCCUUGUCGGCGGCAUCAUCCUCAUCCUCCUCCUCCCCACAUCCCCCCGCGGCGGAGCCGGGGCUGCCGGACCCCCCCGCCCUGCCCGCUGCCCCCUCCCGCCUGCACUUGUUGCUGCCCGGCAGGGCUGGGCUGGCUCCUGCUUUAGGGCGGUUUUAUUUCGGGGGGGUGGUUUUGGAGGGGGUGGAGGUUGCAGCCUCCCCUGCCGUCCCCCUGCAGCCAGCGGUGUCCGGCUCGGCUCCAGCCUGCACCCCCCGCGACGCCAGAGCCAAGUCUGAACCCCCUUUUCCCCUCCCCAGCCCCAUCUCUGCCCCCCCUCUCCCGCCUCCGCCGACCCCCAGCUCCUCGCCCGGAGGAAGGGUGCGCGUCGCGUGCAUCUCCCCGCCACCGAAAUCUAUGAUCAGCUCCGUGUGUGUCUCCUCCUACCGUGGACGCAAGUCUGGGAACAAACCACCCUCCAAAACAUGCCUGAAGGAAGAGAUGGGCAAAGGGGAAGAGUCGGACAAGAUCACCAUCAACGUAGGUGGCACCCGGCAUGAGACCUACAAAAGCACCCUACGGACUUUGCCGGGCACCCGCCUGGCCUGGCUGGCCGACCCCGAUGCCCAGAGCAACUUUGACUUUGAUGGGAAAAGCAAUGAGUUCUUCUUCGAUCGGCAUCCCGGGAUCUUCUCCUACGUGCUCAACUACUACCGGACCGGGAAGCUGCACUGCCCCGCGGACAUCUGCGGGCCGCUCUUCGAGGAGGAGCUGACCUACUGGGGCAUCGACGAGACGGACGUGGAGCCCUGUUGCUGGAUGACCUACCGCCAGCAUCGCGAUGCCGAAGAGGCCCUGGACAUCUUCGAGAGUCCCGAGCCCGGUGGAGGGGGUGGUGGAGAGGAGCCUGAAGAAGAAGGGGGCAGGGAGAUGGCCCUUCAACGCCUGGGCAUGGAUGACAGGCCAGCGGGGGCGGCGGGCGCUGCUGGAGGGGGUGGCUGCUGUCGGAAUUGGCAGCCCAAGAUGUGGGCGCUCUUUGAGGAUCCCUACUCGUCCAAGGCGGCAAGGGUAGUUGCUUUUGCCUCACUUUUCUUCAUCCUGGUCUCCAUCACAACCUUUUGCCUGGAGACGCACGAGGCUUUCAAUAUCGACGUCAAUGUGACGGAGACCCUCGUAGUUGGCAACACCACGACGAUCCUGCUGACGCGCAAAGUGGAGACGGAGCCCAUCCUCACCUACAUCGAAGGCGUCUGCGUCCUGUGGUUCACCCUCGAGUUCCUGGUUCGCAUCAUCUGCUGUCCAGAUAAGCUUCUCUUUGUUAAAAACCUGCUCAACAUCAUUGACUUCGUGGCCAUCUUGCCCUUCUACCUGGAGGUAGGUCUCAGUGGCCUGUCCUCCAAAGCCGCCCGGGAUGUACUGGGCUUCCUACGAGUGGUCCGUUUUGUCCGGAUCCUCCGGAUCUUCAAGCUGACACGGCACUUUGUGGGUCUGCGGGUGCUGGGCCACACACUCCGGGCCAGCACCAAUGAAUUCCUGCUCCUCAUCAUCUUCCUCGCCUUAGGGGUCUUGAUUUUUGCCACUAUGAUCUAUUACGCCGAGCGGAUCGGAGCCAAGACGUCCGACCCCCGCGGAAGCGACCACACUCACUUUAAGAACAUCCCCAUUGGGUUCUGGUGGGCCGUGGUCACGAUGACGACCCUGGGCUACGGCGACAUGUACCCCAAAACCUGGUCGGGCAUGGUGGUGGGGGCUCUCUGCGCUUUGGCCGGGGUGCUCACCAUCGCCAUGCCCGUGCCCGUCAUUGUCAAUAACUUUGGGAUGUACUAUUCGUUGGCCAUGGCCAAGCAGAAGCUGCCAAAGAAGAAGAAAAAGCAUAUACCCCGUCCGGCCCCGCUGGACUCCCCUACCUACUGCAAAUCCGAGGAGAACUCCCCCCGGAACAGCACCCAGAGCGACACUUGCCCGUUGGCGGUAGAGGAGGGGGCGUCUGAGCGGAAACGGUCAGACUCGAAGCAAAACGGUGAGGCCAACGUGGUGCUGUCAGAUGAGGAGCAGCCGCUGUCACCCACCGAUGAGGAGAAGCGGCCCAUGCGACGCUCCAGCACCCGCGACAAGAACAAGAAAUCCUCCACGUGCUUCCUCCUGGCCACGGGUGACUUCUCCUCCUGCACAGCGGACGGAGGCGUCCAGAAAGACACCUGCCAAGACGUCCUCUCUUCCAGUUACCCCCAGGGUGAGGUGGUCACCUUCUCCUGAGCCCCGGCUGGAUGCAGGCGGCGCCUCGGCGAGGGAUGCUCUUCCCAAGGGAUGCUCUUCCCAAGGGAUGCUCUCCCUGAGGGAUGCUCUUCCCAGAGGAUGCUCUCCCCGAGGGACACUCUUCCCAAGGGAUGCUCUCCCCAAGGGGUGCCUUCUCCGAGGCAGAGGGAUGUGUACCCUGAGGGAUGCGUUCCAUGUGGGGAAGGGUUGCUGUCCCUGAGGCUAAGGGAUGCUUUCCCCAAGGGAUGUGUUCCCUGAUGCCAGGGAUGCUCUCCCUAAGGCCGAGGGAUGCGUUCCCCAAGGGAUGCUAUUCCCAAAGCCCAGGGUGGCUCCCCCAAGGCCAAGGGAUGCUCUCCCCAAGGGAUGUGUUCCCAGAUGCUGAGAGAUGCUCUCCCCAAGGCUCAGUGAUGCUCUCCCCAAGGCUGGGAUGUGCAGUGCCCCACGGAUGCUCUCCCUAAGGCCAAGGGGUGCAUUUCCCAAGGGAGAUGCUCUCCCCAGGCCCAGGGAUGCUCUCCCCCAGGCUGGCCUGUGCAUUCCCCCAGGGACGCUCUCCCCGAGGCCAAGGGAUUCUCUCCCCAAGGAGCUUUCCUUGCCCACCACAGCAGCCCAAAGCUCUGGCUGCCAGCUCCGUGGCCUGGGGGAGGUUGUGAGCCGGGUCCCCCCCCAAGAGGUGCCGCAGGGCAGCGGGGCCGGGAGGGGACGUUGGGGUGCCGGAGGUGACCCCACUCCCCUGCCUGCUGCCAGCCCAGCUCCCCAGCGCACCCCCAGGCUGCCCCCUCCCCUGACCCACGCUUUCGGGUGCUCCUCGCCCCCACACCUCCAGAGCCUCGCCAGCUGCUCCCCGAGACAUCGCUGCCCACGGCUGCACCCCGCUCUGACCCCUCCAUCAUCUCAUGGCCACCGGGGAUCCGCAGGCUCCGCUCAAGGUGCCGAGGUGGGUGGCUGCACUGUCACCCCCCUGCACGGGUGCUCACCUUGGGGUGCAGGUCCUGAGCAGAUGGCGGUGACAAGCGGGUCGGUUCGGGGACGGGAAGCAAUAGGUGGGUGAGGGGGGUGAAGCUGGCUGGCCUGGAAGGGUCAGUGUCUUUCUAACGCUGCUCCGUAUCUCUGUGAUCAAGGCAAUACUCCUCCCCUGUCCGUCUGUCCUGUUCGCAUGCCUCCGUCUGUCCUGCCCUACUGGAGUUCCAAUAAAGACCCUCAUGAGCUGAGGCAGCUCCUGGA